UCAGGGGAUGCUGUUUGCAAGUUUUCGAAGUUUCGAAGAAAAUCUGGAAAUAUGUUGGUGUUUGUUAUUAAAGAAUGGAUUUUGUCAGUAAUUUGUGUUUUAUGAACAAAACAGACUACGUGUACCGGUUUUCGAGUUCCGUGUGUGCUGUCUCUGUCAGUAAUAGUGUAAUAAAUUGGUACGCAAUUGGUUGUUGAUUUGUUUAUCGUGUGCUGGGAUAGCUGGACGGCUGCCGUGAGGCCUCAGCCGGCAUCGUGUACUAGCAUGAUUCUCCGGUGAUCUCCUCACAGUCAACGGCCUUUAUACUUAAGGUAGCAGGUGGACGGCAGCAUGUCGGGGACGGCGGCGGGCGCCGCGUCCUCCGCCUCCGCGCUCGGAGGCCUCGGGGGCUCCCUCGAGGACAAGGACUGCGAGCUGCUGUGCCCGGUCUGCUUCGAGCUGAUCGAGGAGGCGUACGUGACGCGGUGCGGCCACUCGUUCUGCUACGCCUGCAUCGCCAAGUCGGUGGAGCUGCACCGCCGCUGCCCCAAGUGUGGCGCAGCGCUCGCUUCCAGGGAACAUAUCUUCCCCAACUUCCUGCUCAAUGAAUUGGUGGAGAAGCGGCGGCGGCGCGCGGCGGGCGGCGACGGGUCCGGGCCGGGCUGCGGGGGCUCCGCCCCGGGCGCGGAGGAGGCGCCGGCCGCGGACGGGGCGCGGCUGCGGGCGCUGGUGGCGGCGGAGGCGCGGCGCCUGCCGCUGGCGGCCGUGGACGGCAUGCUGGACGUGCUGGCGCGCCGCAAGAGACUGCUGGAGGCCGAGUCCGCCGCCGCGCACCACCGCCUGCUGUACGAGUUCCUGGCGCAGCUGCACCGCCACCGCGCCCAGCAGCUGCACCAGCUCAACAGGGAGGCCGCGCUCGUCUCCAAGGACAUGGAGCACGUGGCGGAGACGCUGAAGGAGCUGCGCGCGGGAGCCGCGGGGCUGGCGGCGGGCGCGGGGGGGGCGGGGCCCACGGGGGUCACGGCGGGCGCGGGGCCCACGGGGGUCGCGGGGGACGCCAUGCUGGCGCUGCGGGCCGAGCUCACCGCGCUCGCCGGCAGCGUGGGCGACAGCGCCACGCACGGACUCGGUAGUCCGGACGGCUCGUCGGAGGAGAGUUUCGCGGGGGGUGCGGGGGGCGGGGGCGGGGGCGGGGACGCACUCGCCGCACGCUGGCGGAGACUCACUGCGCACUUCGACGACUUCGUUCAGUGUUACUUCGCGCACCGCGCCGACGAGCUGUACUUCCCGGGGUCGGGGGACGCCACCCCCGCGCCCGCCGCCCCCGACACCCCCGUGGAGGGCCCCGGCCUGGGGACCCCCGGGCCCCAAGCACCGCCCGGCCCCCCCGGGACCCCGGGAGGUCACAAGCCGGCGGCGGCCAGCGACGACCACGUGCCGCAGGGCCCGCACGAGUCGCGAGCCAACAGCGCCGCAGGUGGUGACCAGCGCGCGCCUGAGGGCGCGGUGGGUCUGCCUGCGUGUGACGGCGGUGGUGGUGGCGGCGGUGGCGGCGGUGGUGGUGGCGGCGGUGGCGGCGGUGGCGGCGGUGAGCGGCGCGGGCUGGACGCGUUCCGCGAGGACCUGGUGGCGUUCACCCGGUACCGCGCGCUGCGACCGCUCGCCACGCUGUCCUACUGCAGCGACGCCAUCAACUACUCCACCAUCGUCUCCACCAUCGAGUUCGACAAGGACGAGGAGUUCUUCGCCAUCGCCGGCGUCACCAAGCGGAUCAAGGUGUUCGAGUUCGAGGCGGUGGUGCGGGACGCGGUGGACGUGCACUACCCGUGCUCGGAGAUGCAGUGCUCGCACAAGAUCUCGUGCGUGUCCUGGAACGCCUACCACAAGAACGUGCUCGCCUCCUCCGACUACGAGGGCACCGUCUCCGUGUGGGACGCCGCCACCGGACAACGCACCAGGGCGCUGCAGGAGCACGACAAGCGCUGCUGGUCGGUGCACUUCAACCGGGCGGACGUCCGGCUGCUGGCGUCCGGUUCGGACGACGCGCGCGUGAAGCUGUGGGCGCUGAACGCGGACCGCGCGGUGGCCACGCUCGAGGCCAAGUUCAACGUGUGCUGCGUGCGGUUCAACCCGCGCUCCUCCUGCCACCUCGCCUUCGGAUCCGCAGACCACUGCGUGCACUACUACGACCUGCGCGCGCCGCGCCACCCCCUGGCCGUGUUCCGCGACCACCGCAAGGCAGUCUCCUACGUCAAGUUCCUGGACGCCAGGACCCUCGUGUCCGCCUCCACCGACUCCCAGCUCAAGCUCUGGCGGGUGGAGUCGCCGCGCUGCGUGCGCUCCUUCACAGGUCACGCGAACGAGAAGAACUUCGUGGGUCUGGCGACGGACGGGCGGUACGUGGCGUGCGGCUCCGAGAACAACGCGCUCUACGUGUACUACAGCGGACUGUCCCGCCCGCUACUAGCGUACAGGUUCGAGGCGGUGCGCGGGUUCCUGGAGCGCGAGCGUCGCGACGAGGACCCGUCGGAGUUCGUGUCGGCCGUGUGCUGGCGGCGCACUGCGGCCCGACCCGCGCUGCUGGCCGCCAACAGCCAGGGCACCAUCAAGGUCCUCGAGCUGGUCUGAUGGCCCCUCACCUGGACAACGGCUGCUUGACAUAUAUUCUCUCACUGUUCUCUCACCAUCUUCAUAUUCUGAAUUAUUGCACGAAGUUUAGACUGUUCGUAGUCUAACGGACUUAUAAACUUAGCUGCAAUUAGCAGAUAUUAAGUAACAAAAAAUCUAU